UUUUCUCUUGUAGCUCACACACAGAUCAUAACCUUAUCCGCCGCAUCAGAUUGUCACAGAUCAUAACCUUAUCCAGUCAGCAUAACCUUCUGCCAUCGUUUCUCUGGUAUCAUUUUGACAGUCACAGAUCGUCUUUUUCUACCGCAUCAGAUUUGGGAUCUGAUGUUGAUUUUGCCGUUCACUUCAGAGAAUCUUCCAACAAACAUCAACAUCAAAUGCACAAAGAUCCUGCUUUAGAACCCUGUAGUAAGAAGAUAUCCCAUCACAGACAUCAGCAUCAAAUGCACAAAGUUCAACCACUUAUGAACUCUUGUGUCGUAAGUCCCCAGAGCAAGAGGAAAUUAGACCAAUAUAUGAAUAGUGGUAAGUACAUUACUACUUUUGAACUCUGUACAAAGAAGUAUGGCCAACACAAUGUCGUAAAUCAGAGUGGAAGUAAAAAAUCGUCCCCCACACCCUUGCUAGUUUCCAAAGGAAAAAGCGUUAUUUUGAAAGAAACAAAAGAAAAUGUUGAUUGCUCCACUCUUAAAGACAGAAUAGGACAUUGCAUUCUGUCUCAGGAAGACUAUUCCCAUCUGAGUGACUCUGGUGAUUGUUCGAAAGGUUUACACUUAGAGAAGCACAGGAAUUUGAAAAGCGAACAUAAAGAUUUAAUGUCUAGUAGUACUUGUACUCAUAGUUUCAAGACAUCAAUUAAGUCAUUGGUUGACAAAGAGUUUGUCGAUUCAAUUAAGAGUUCGCAAUCAUUAAGCUCCAAAAGGGAAGACAAGGAACUCAAUCCACCGCCCAAGAACUUCUUAGCUUUCAAAGGUAACCAUCUACUAAGGCCAAUUAUUCCAAUUGGACCUAGAUUUCAAGUAGAAGUUCCUAAUUGGGAUGUCACAAGAAAUAGUCUAAAUAGUGAUGAAGAUCGGAAGUGGUUGGGCACUCAAAUUCCCGAAAUGAAUACAAAAGUUAUUCGGAAAAGGAGGAUGAAAUUCAAGGGGGGAAAAUAGACUAACACCCUCACUUUCCCGGCUAAAGUGACCCUGGCGAGUGUACUUCUUGACGGAAUGAGUAAGAGUUGAACAUUGCAAUCUGUCUCACUGUUGUGCUUAAUAACAUGUUAAUGAAGCAUGAAAAUUAUUGCAAUUGGAUGUUGACGUGAUGAUUAAUGACUUGUUGACGAGAAGAUUAAUGACUUGAUAGAUGUUUCCAAAAUAGGGAAUUGGAAGAACAAAAGAAAUUUGAAUCUCUUGUAAAUUGAAUUUUUCUAUCAAAUGAAAUUCUCAAAGCUCAUCAUGGAACGUCGUGCACGCAGAUUACUAUUACAAUAUGUGUUCCUGACUGUAUGAGUUGCUGGCAAUACUUUAAUUUUUUUACGUUGUUGGUAUGAGUUGCUUUAUAAAUUACUUAGUUAUUGCGGUAUUUGAUCCAAUUAUCAAAAUGGAGAAAGUCGUUGGAUAUUUUUGUCGGGUUGAUAUAAAAUAAGAAAAAUGUUCAUUUAUGUAAUAUUCCUCAUACUUUAAAUAAGAAAAAAUAUUUAAAUAUAACACUAAACUUACUUAUUACUAUACCAACACUGAACUUUUUAGCAACUUCCCUCUCACUAUACGACUUGGUAAAUUCUAAGAAUGUUACCUUUCAUCGUGUUGUGAAGUCGAGUUGUAACAACUUUUUGUUGCAAGUAACAGGUAACAAAAUGGUAAUAGCAAGUCCAAUAGUUGCUAACAUCUUUCUCCCUUGUCUUUGGAACAAUGGUACACCAUUGUGCAAUUGGACAUUGACGAGAAGAUUAAUGACCUGAGAGAUGUUUCUGAAAUAUGCAUAUUGGAAGAACAAAAGGAAUUUGAAUCUCUUGUAAAUAGAUUUUUUCUUUCAAAAGAAAUUCUCAAAGCUUAUCAUGGAACGUCCUGCACGUAGAUUGCUAUUACAAUGUAUGCGUUCCUGACUAUAUGAGAUGCUGGCAAUACUUUGAUGUUUUUCACUCUGUCGGUAUGAGUUGCUUUAUAAAUUCCUUAUGUAUCGUUUUAGUUGAUCAAAUUAUCAAAGUGGAGAAAGUCUAAGGUGAGAGGGGUGUGACUUGUAGAUAGAAGUUGCUAAAUUUAAUUACAAUUUAUUCAAGGAGGUAUCUUGAUUUUUUUUAUGGGGGUCG